AUGGAUACCUCAUUUGGAUCGGUAUGUAUGGAUGACGGGUGGGCCAGACCUACUCCAAGUUCGGGACAACCUACUUUAUUUCGAGAUGUUCUCCAUCAGGGUAACACGUACAUUGACAUUAUGACUGGUGACUAUAAAGGCUAUUACCUCGGCGGACACUCUCAAAAAGGUGUCGGAGCCUGGAGCUGGGGUGGUUGUGAUUAUAUGGAAUGGAACAACGACAAGCUUAAAUCAAAAAGCGGCGGAACUAAAGGGCAUGAUAUGGCAUAUGGAGCAAAUGACCGCUUUUAUUUUAGUGCUGGAAAGCCUGGAUAUCAAGAUGUCUGUGUUACCAAAGUCUAUCCUUAUAAAUCACAAUAA